AUGGCCGACAAUCCAGAAGAGCCAUCGCAAAAUGCGCUGGCCUCGACGUUCCCCAACCCGCCGCCGUUCUGGAGAGACUUUACCCCGGAAAACGUCGCCAGGAUAGAAGAGCUGCGAAAAGCGCAAGCAGAAAAGGAUGGCGUUGCUGUCAAGAACUUGCCAGCCCGCAUACCAGAUGUUCCCGAAAGCCUCAUGAAUCUCCAACCUCCGGCUGAGCCGCCAGCAGGAACAUGGAAAGUCUUGGGCGGAAACUAUACGCUCGACGAUAAGCUUCCUUCUCUCGAGGAAGGUGAAAUCAAGCGAUUGGUACCGGCGCAUUCGGAGGAGAAGGACGGAAAGCAUCUCGAUCGAGCAUUCGAGCUCAAGAAAAUGGCCAAGUCUCUGCUGCUUAACUUUCUCGAGCUCGUUGCCGUCAUGGCUACGGUGCCAGACGACGCUGCGGCGAAAAUUGAAGAUUUGCGCACCAUCUUCAUCAACUUCCACCACGUCCUGAACGAAUAUCGACCCCAUCAAGCUCGCGAAUCGGCCAUUGCGCUGAUGCAAUCCAAUCUCGAUCGUACCAGAGCGGAAACAGCUGCGAUUCGAGCACAGGUUGACACGGCCAAGCGAGUUCUCGAGGGCUUAGGAAGCAUUGAUACACCCAAAGUACCGGAUAUCAUCAGCUCAGUCGUUGACGGCGAGCUGACUAGUAAAGAAGCGGAGACUUUUGCCAAGACAAGAGAACAAGAAGUAUGGGGAGAGGCGGAUGCUUUGUUUCUUUAG